GCAUGUGAUGCUGCCCAAAGACAUCGCCAAGCUGGUGCCCAAAACCCACCUGAUGUCCGAAUCGGAGUGGCGGAACCUGGGCGUGCAGCAGAGCCAGGGCUGGGUGCACUACAUGAUCCACGAGCCAGAGCCACACAUCCUCCUCUUCCGACGGCCGCUGCCCAAGAAGCCAGAGAAGUGAGCGUUCCCUGGGCUGGCCGCAGCCUUCAUCUGCCUGGGCUACAAAGCACCUUCAUCAUCACCAUCAUCCUCCUUCUCCUCCUCUCUCGCACCCUCUGUUCCUGGGAGCUUUCCCGGUUGGGGCAGAGCCACUGGGUCCCUAAGAUGCUCAUGAACUCAGUGCCAUCUGGGCACCUGCAGCAGCUCAGCUCCGGGCACCGCGCUGUGGGGACGGGGUUCUCAAAAGCUUCAAUAAAAGGAUAUUUGGGAA